CCAAAACCCCCGACUUUCACAUAUCUCUACUCUAGCAACGUAACGCUGGGUCCGACAAUUGACUAUGGCGCCGGUCCCAGAGGUCAUCGUGUCGCUAUACCUAUCACAGGCGGUACUCUAUCUGGACCAAGGAUCAAAGGCAACUUUAUUAAUCUCGGCGCUGACUGGGGCGCGAUCGACAAUUUGGGUGUCUUCAAUCCAGAUACACGAUACGGUAUCUUGACUGAUGAUGGAGCAAAUAUCUAUAUUCAGACAAGCGGGCCGACUCAGAAAGAUGGGCAUACCCACCUGCGCAUGAUCUUCGAGACAGCAGCGAAUUCUACAUACUCGUGGCUGAACGAGAUUGUGGCCGUCGGGAUCUUGACUGGAGGGAGCGGAUACGUCUCCAUUGAUGCGUGG